UAAAAAUAAAAUAAAUAUUUUGUGUGAAAGUGAGAGGUUAUAGAGUCGCUGGAACCAUGAUUGUUAAUAUGCCACCCGUUGGUGGAUCGGCGGCGGGAAGUCCUCCCAACAACAAUAAUAAUAAUAACAAUAAUACCACUAAUAAUAACACCACCAAUGGCUACAACUUCCUCAAACGGAAGUACGUCGAACAGGAGCUGAGUCUGGGCCAGGACUUCGAGUCCCUGGAGUCGUCCAAUCCGUGGAAGAAACGCCAUUUGGAUGCUUAUGAUGCGGGGGACUUGCAGUUCCAUCUGCAAAUGGAUCAGCCGGCGGCUGUUAAGGAUUCGGUUAUUGCUGAUCCUGCUGCUCCGGCGACUGGGUCCAGUUUCAUCAACGAUCUGUUCGCCUAUGAUACCACACUGUUGGUGCCCACACCGGCACCCACGGCCCACUAUUCCACGCACUGUCCGUCGUCCUCCUCCGGGGGUGCCGGCGCUGCUGGUGGCGGUGGAGGAGGAGGUCCUUUGGAGGACAAUGGCGGCUGGCAGGCUGGGGAGCUGCUGGAGCUGGAUCAUCGCUAUAACUCUGGGCUGCAGGCCGAGCUGGGUCAGUUGAGUGCCACCAUACCACCUCCUCCGCCACAACAACAGCAUCACCAGCAGCAACAACAGAAUCCCGUCCCAACCGGAAGUCCCAGUUUCCUCUUCCCACAGAAGCAACGGAUAGUGACCACCGGAAGACGCACUUCCUCGGGCUCUGGGUCAGGUUCGAACGGGGUCCAGGAGGCCACUGAAACCGAUUUCGAGGACAAGAACCUCUCCUGGCUGCUCAACUUCAAGUUCGACGAAUUUCCGCAUCUCUCGCCCCACAAUCAGGCCGGAAACGGAAAUGGCCAGGCCGUGGUUCUGCCCGAGGGCAGUGCCCCGCCCCCCGGAUCAUCGACGGCCUUGGGCCACUCCCCCUGCAACUCCGCCUCGCCCACGCCCACAGCCGCAGCCUCCCUGGCAGGAUCCACAUCCGCAUCUGCCAUUUCCGCCUCCGCCACAAACUCGAAUCAUUCCCUGAUUUCCGAUCAGAGAGCCAGAUCCCCGAAGAGCUGUGCCAGUGCAGGAAUGCCGGGGGGAGCAGGUGGUGUCAGUAGUGGCGGGGGAGGAGGAGUAGGCGUGGUGGGUGGGACAGGAGCGGCGGGAGGUCCUGCCGGAGGACCUAAUUCCAACAAAACCGGACGCAAGUUCGAGGAACUCGUUAUGGAGGUCACCUCCGAACUGGACGGCAAUGACAUGAUCGUGGCCGAGCACGUUGUGGUUGAGGAUACCACCUCCAAGGCGCCAAAGAAACCACCGUUCACCUACACGGAGCUCAUAGAAUACGCCCUCGAGGACAAGGGUGAGCUGACUGUGUCGGGUAUAUACCAGUGGAUAUCUGACCGCUUCCCCUAUUACAAAUCCAAUGACGAUCGCUGGAAGAACUCCGUGAGACACAACUUGUCCAUAAAUCCGCAUUUUCGAAAAGGAGUCAAGGCGCCCCAAGGAGCAGGCCACCUGUGGGCCAUUUCUAGCGGGGAUUCAGCCGAAAAUGUUCUGGCCUGGGAGCAUAAAAAGCAACGUCUGGAUUUGUUCUUUAAAAUGGAAUCAAUCAACCGAGAGCGUAUACAACAUCAUCAGCAACAGCUCCAGCAGCAGCAGCAGCAACAUCAGCAACAGCAACAGCAGCAACAUCAGCAACAGCAACAGCAGCAGCAACAACAGCAACAGAAUUGCCACUCGCCGCAGCAGCAACAUGCAACACAAUCGAAUAGUUGCCUCUACGAUGAAGCGGCUGUGGCAGCUGCCACUCUAACCCAGGAGAUGCUGCAACACCAGACACCCAACAAUGCUCCUGUCGAGUCUCAGCCUCCGAAUCAUUCACACUCCAAUCAUGUCCAUCACAAUCACAAUCACAAUCAUUCCACUCACAAUCAGUCUCACUCCCAAUCGCACUCGCAUCACAAUCAUCAGAACAAUCACCACCAGAGACUGUUGCCCUUCAACGAUCUGCUGAGCGACGAUGAGCUCCGGAAGACUGCCGGCCAGAUCCUGAACGGAAUCCAUCGAGAAGUGGAGGUCCAGUCGGUCAACUCCAUCAUCAGUACUUACCACGACGUACUCUUAGAUAAUGAGGACUUCCUGAAUCCCAUACACAAGGAUGUGGUGGUCACGGAGAGCGGUCUGAGGCAACUUCAUGGCCAUAACCUGGCCGGCAGUGGCAGUGGCAGUGGCAAUAUGAGCAACUCCCAAUACUACAUCACCGAAAUAGAUCCCAUGGAGCUGGGCAUACAGAUGUCGCAUCAGGUGGAGCCGUCCGAGGAGGAGGUACUCUUCAGUGACGAAUUCAAUCUGAACUACUUUGGUUAUAAUCCCGGUAGUGAUAUUGUCGCUUGACCGCGAAAACAGCAGGCAGCUUCAGCUCCAGCUCCCGCCCAGCCAAGCAAUUGAAUUGGAUAACAAUCGUAACUGUAGCCGGAUAUUAUACUUUUAAGCCAACUCUAAACGAAUACUAGUCACACUUACUAACCAGUAACCACCUACCCAUCAUCCGCCCUCCAUAAUCCAUUAUCCCAUCAUCAUCAUUGAAAAGAAUCUCUCCAAAAGUCCCUCCCCUCCUAUGUAUAGUCUAGUCUUGAGUGCAAGUCCAAUGCAAGUCCUAUAUUCGUAUGUGCCCUAAUAUAUCUAUUUUUUUUUUCGUGUGUACUUUAGUUGAAUAUGUAGCGAUUAAGUAGCUUCUUAGCCAUAAGUAUCUACCCCUAUACAUAUACGUUUAUACAUACUACAUAUAUAAUAUAUGGAUUAAUUUCCAACUACUUGACAUUUAGUUUAGUUAAGUGUUUAUACCAGUAGUCGAAUAUCCAAAAAAAAACAAGAGAAAAGAAAAGAAAAGAAACAAAUCCCAAAAUACGAUCUCCUUCUAUAACUAGGACUAGAGACACUACCCAUGUCCGUAGAACCUAAAUAUGGCACCUAAAAUGGUUUUAUUCAUUAUGGCAAAAAAAUAAAACU